AUGACUGGGACCAAGAUGUCGCCUCACACAGGCGCAACACUGCGAUUAUGGAGACAGCUCCAGGAUUUAAAAGACCAAAAGCAAAAGAUUGUUCUCGAUGGCAAUAAUCUGGACAUCGCCUCUAUCAUUGCGGUGGCCCGCCAUGAGGUGAAGCCAUCCAUCACCACAGACGAACACGUCGCAAAGCAACUUGAGCUCAGUGUCAAUACUUUGGCCGACUACCUUGCUCAUAAGUAUGUUGUCUACGGUGUCAACACGGGUUUUGGAGGCAGUGCCGAUACCAGAACAAGCGAUGUCCUUGACCUUCAAAUUCAUUUGCUCCAACAUACGCAGAGCGCGAUCAUCACCGCCGCAGACAAAGACCCGGCGAGUAACUCCGAGAGGGAGCCAUCUCAUGUGAUGCCUCCUGCCUGGGUUCGCGGUGCAAUUGUUGCCCGGGCUAAUCAAAACCUCCGAGGUCAUAGCGCCGUGCGACUGUGUGUGCUUCAGAGUCUGGUAGAUCUACUGCACCAUGAUAUUACUCCCAUGAUCCCUCUCCGCGGCACAAUUUCUGCAUCUGGAGAUCUCAUGCCCAUGUCUUACAUUGCUGGUACAAUCGCCGGUAACCCGGAUGUCUUUGUCCAAGUCGGCAAAGGCAAGGGAGCCAGAGUUAUUCCUGCUCCGGAGGCUCUGAAGGAGAGUGGACUUUCACCAUCUGGCCUUGGUCCAAAAGAAGCUCUUGGUUUGAUCAACGGUACCGCUCCCUCUGUAGCAGCAGGCUGCUUGGUGCUAUAUGACGCACAGCAACUCGCGCUUCUUUCUCAGAUGUUGACUGCGUUUGCCUCUGAGUGUAUGGGCGGAAAUGUCGAGUGGGCUCAUCCUUUUAUCCAUGCUGCUCGACCCCACACUGGUCAAAUCGAGGCAGCUAGCAAUAUUCGACGCUUCCUCAAGGGUUCUCAACUUGUUGAUGGUCUGGAAACGAGAAAGAGGACUGGAGAGGGACUUUGGCAAGAUCGUUACUCUACGCGAACUGCUCCUCAGUGGAUUGGUCCAUACCUCGAGGAUCUUCUUCUCGCGCAGCAUCAGUUAGAAGUGGAACUUAACUCAACUUCAGACAACCCUCUCGUGAAUCCUACAGAGCAGGGUGGCGGCGAGGUGUACUCAGGUGGAAACUUCCAAGCAGUUGUGGUCACAUCCGCUAUGGAUAAGACUCGCCUCGCUCUACAGAUGAUUGGACGUAUGCUCUGGUCUCAGGUCAGCGAGAUCAUCGGUCCACACACAAACAAUGGUCUCGAAGCAAAUCUCAACCCUAGCGAUCACGAAAAUUACACAAUGAAAGGCAUUGACGUCAACAUGUCUGCGUAUAUGUCUGAGCUGGCAGCCUUGGCUCACCCCGUCUCUUCUCACGUUAUGUCUGCCGAGAUGCAUAACCAGGGCAUCAAUUCACUGGCUCUAAUUUCAGCUCGACGUACUAUGGAGGCUGCAGACUUGGUCGCCCAUAUGAGUGCCUGCCACAUCUAUGUCUCAUGCCAGGCAGUGGAAAUGCGUGCAAACCACAUUAGAUUCCUUUCUGCGCUCCAGGGCCACUUGCAGGAUACUACUCCGAUCGGCGCUUUCCGUGAUCUCGGUCUAAAUGAAUCCCAGGUCGAUUCACUCGCUAAGACAUUGUACCCCCUGGUCGAGUCAACAUGGUACCACUGGAAUGCCAAUACUUGGAAAGACCGUAUCCCGAAAACUGUCGACGCCAUUGUGUCUCCUAUCACCGAAUACCUGGCUACCAAUGAACAUGAGUGCUCUAUGUCGUCUCUGAUCGCGUUCAAGAAUCAUUUCCAGAGUAUUGUCCAAAGUACAGCCGAGGCCAUGUUUUACCCCAGUCCCACUAUCACCCCCGCGGAGGUAGCUGCGCAGCUGGGUGAUGGCUCCGCUCAACUAUAUACUUGGGUGCGCUCGAAGCUUAACAUUCCUCUGCACUGUGGCCUCAGGGAUGAUCCUUUAUACAAUGCCCGACAGGGACUCCCGACGGAAGAUAAGAAGACCAUUGGAAGCAGAGUUAGCGCUGUCUAUGAAGGUCUUUUCAAGGGUGGAAUGAUGGAUAUGGUCUUAGAUGGGUUAGACACUGGUCGGGGAUUUUCUUAG